UGGAGGCUGGCAGAAUGCAACUAUGGUUACCUACUUUGAUGACUAUGCCAAUCUAUGCUUUGAAAAGUUUGGAGACCGGGUGAAGCAUUGGAUAACUUUCAAUGAUCCUUGGUCAGUUGCAAAGAAAGGCUAUGAGACAGGACGCCAUGCCCCUGGACUGAAGCUCAGAGGUACUGGAGCAUACACAGCAGCCCACCAUAUCAUUAAGUCCCAUGCAAAGGUCUGGCGCUCUUACCACAAAGCCUGGCGCAAAAAACAACAUGGGCUGGUGGGGAUUUCAUUAACUUGCAAUUGGGGGGAGCCUGUGGACAUUACUAACCCAGAGGAUGUCGAGGCUGCUGAAAGAUACAUGCAGUUCUGUCUAGGCUGGUUUGCGAACCCCAUUUAUGCUGGAGACUACCCCCAAGCUAUGAAGGAUUACAUUGGUAGAAAGAGUACAGAACAAGGCCUGGGGAUGUCAAGGUUACCAGUGUUCUCAAUCCAUGAAAAAAAUGACAUUAAAGGCACAUUUGACUUUUUGGGAUUAGGUCACUUCACUACUCGAUACAUCACACAAAAGAAUCAUCCUUCCCGCCAAGGGCCCAGCUAUCAAAAUGAUCGUGAUGUAGCAGAAUUAGUUGACCCAAACUGGCCAGAUUUAGGCUCUAACUGGCCACAGUUGGUGCCAUGGGGAUUUAGGAGGCUCCUCAACUUUGUUCAGACUCAAUAUGGCAAUCCUGUCAUAUAUGUGACAGAAAAUGGUGUGUCUGAAAAGCUGAAUCAUAUUCAAUUGUGUGAUGAAUGGAGAAUACAGUACCUCAAAGGAUACAUUAACGAGAUGCUAAAAGAACCUUUGUUACAUCACAUGCAAAUGGUUACAGAGAUUGUGGUGCCUACAGUUUGCACACUCUGCAUACUUAUAAGUGCAGUUCUACUGAUGUUCCUUCUUCGGAAGCAAAGCUAAG